AUGCAGGAAACGUUUAGGUGUUUGAUUGAGGAUAAUGAUAUGGAUUUGGUAUUAGAGGAGGAAAACUACAUGUAUGCUCUUAUAGAAAAAAUGUAUGGAUUGAAGGAAGUUAAUAUUGACAGACAAUUAGUGAGGACAAACAGAGGUGAAGGUUGGCAUCAUGUGCAGCGGUUUAUAUUCGAGUCUAAGGUACAAUGCUUUGAUAUUCUACGCAUGAACCAAUCAACAUUUAGGAGUUUAUGUAGGAAUCUAUCAGAACAACCUAAGUUAGAGGGAUCUUGCCAUAUUUUUCUUGAAGAGAGUGUUGCGAUGUUCUUAGAGAUGGUUGCACAAGAUCUAAUUGUACGCGUCAUAGCUGAGCGAUAUCAACAUUCACUUGAUACAUUGAAGAGGAAUUUGGAUGAUGUUUUAAGUGCUCUAUUAAAACUUGUAGCAUAUAUAGUGAAACCUACAAGGGAUGAUUUGACAAGUGUUAGUCGUUUUCUAGUAGAUGAUAGCCGUAUGAGGUUUACUUAUGCUUAUGUUGGAGUUCCCGGGAGAGCACAUGACAGAAAAGUACUAACAUAUUGUGCUACACAAGAAGCUUCUUUCCCUCAUCCUCCGCCUGGAAAAUACUAUUUAGUCGACUCAGGUUAUCCAAAUAGAAGUAGUUACCUAGGCCCUCACUGUAGAGUUAGAUAUCACCUAGACCAGUUCAGCAGAGGAGGACCACCAACCAACAAUAGGGAACUGUUUAACCGUAAACAUUCUGGUUUGAGAUCGGUAAUUGAGCAGACUUUUGGUGUUUGGAAGGCCAAAUGGAGAAUUUUUGACAGGAAGCACCCUAGGUAUGAGCUGAAUAAAUGGAUUAAGAUUGUGACAGCAACAAUGGCUCUCCAUAAUUUUAUCAGAAAUUCACAGGAGGAUGAUAUUGAUUUUUUACAUUGGGAAGUGGUGGAAUCAUAUGAACAUCAUGGUGAUGAAAACGAUGGACAUGUUCCAUACAUACCUGCUGGUGAUAGAAUGAUGGAAGAUAUGCGUGAUUCUAUCACUAUGGAGAUGGCAGAACGAACUAGACUUCCAUAUUAG